AUGGCACGUGAAUCUGAAUCCAAGUUGAAGAUUGACAAGAUCUACGUCUACCCCAUCAAAGCCCUGCGAGCAGUAGAACUGCCCUCCGCCCAAGUCACCAAGCAUGGAUUCCCGCACGACCGACGCUUCAUGCUCCUCCACGUCGUCCGAGACGCCCAGGACGAUGCCAAAAUCACCUAUAAGAAUAUUCACGUGGCGCAUUAUCCGGAAAGCGUGCGCUUCUUCCCGAGCCUGGAUCUCCAGGGCGACCUGGUCACCAUCACUCACCGACCCGCCGCCAAUGGAGGGGCAGAGAAAUCCAUCGACGUCCCUUUAUAUCCCUAUAUCGACGAUCUGAAAGUCGUAGAUGUGGAGAUGCACCAAUCCCCCGUGCAGGCCUAUCAGAUGCCGCAGCAAUACAACGACUGGCUGACGGAAUGCUACGGCUUUGAAGUCGUCCUGGCGUAUCUGGGACCGAACUAUCGCCCCAUCCGCUUCAACGGCCUCAAGAACAAGGAUUCCUCCAACAACCGCAAUGGCAAUGCCUCCUCCUCUGCUGCCUCCUCCUGGCUCUCAACAGCAACCUCCCUCCUCCUCCCCUCCGCCCUCCACCCCACCCCAACCAACCCGCCGCCCUCCCCCGAAAUCACCUUCGCCGACUGCGCCCCCUACCUCCUCGUCAGCCAGACCUCCGCCGACGACCUCCAGCCCCGCCUCCCAGCGACGUCCCCACCCUUUGACAUCCUCAAAUUCCGCCCCAACAUCGUCAUCUCCGGCGCCGGCGAGCCUUGGGAGGAGGAUUUCUGGUCGCAGAUCACUAUUCUUCCCCAGUCUUCUGAUUCUUCUUCUUCUUUCAUUUCUACGAAAAUCGACUGCGUUCAUAAUUGUGGACGUUGUAAGAGCGUAAGCUGGAAAACCCCCCUUUACCCCCUUCAUCCCUCCUACCCCCUGCCAUCCCUAAUUCCUAGCUUACUUUUCUUCCUUUUCCUUGCCCGUCUAACAGAUCAACAUCGACUACACCACCGGCGCCCCCGGCACGGGUCCCGAGGGCGCCAUCCUCAAAGCCAUGCAGAAAGACCGCCGAGUCGAUCCGGGGAUGAAGUAUAGUCCCAUCUUUGGGAGGUAUUCUUUUCUUCAUCAUGACGAUGAUGCUGAUGGUGAUGAUGAGGAUGGUGGUGGAGGGAGUGAGGGGAAUGUGAUCCACGUCGGGGAUCGAGUGGUCGUGAGUAAGCGGUUGGAGGAGAGGAGUCGGUUUGGUGAGUUCCUUUCACUUUUUCCCCCCUUCACUCCGUUAUAUAUGAGACAGAGACAGAGAAGGUUUUUAUUUUUUGGUUCUUGGGCUAA